AAACGUUUGAAAUAUUUUUAGAACUACACGCGCGUACAUAUUGUGAGAGUACACAGUGAUCGGUAGGAAAAAAACGAAAAAAAACAGGAAAUUUACGCAAAUAUCAACUUCCUCUGUUGCGCAAAGGAGAGCGAUAAGGACUUAUUUUGUCCGCGAGUCGAUUCAUUUUAGCACAGCUGAUUAAAUCACUCGCGCAUGUGGACCACCGGGGUGUCGCGGAUUGACUUGUCCGAGACAGAGACAAACAAAGCGCUCUUGUUGAAGAAUCGUGAAAGCAUCUUCAAGAAGAGACGCGUUUGCUUUGUCUGCCUGUGUGGUAGAGAGAAGAUCGCGGUGCGAGUUUACAAUCGUCUGGCAGAAUAAAGCGAGAUUUAAACGGCACGACAAUGUCGACGAUAAUAGCUAGCAAAACGGAAGAGCAGAUCUCGAACGCGAGCAAAUCGCAGCAAAAUGAUCGCAACAAGAUUGAUGAGCUGCAGCUCGAGGACGUUAACGACAAUAACAAUGAUGAGACCAUCGAAGUGGAAAUGGUGGUACCACCUGACGGAGGAUGGGGCUGGGUGAUUGUUGGAGCCUCCUUCAUGUGCAACUUUUUCGUCGAUGGUAUCAUCUUCAGUUUUGGCGUAUUCUUGAAUGAAAUCGCGGGUGCAUUUUCCAUAUCGAAAGCGAGAGUCGCACUUGUCAGUUCAUUACAAACUGGAUUUUAUCUCAUGGCUGGACCCUUCGUGUCCGCCCUGGCUAAUCGAUAUGGCUUUAGACUGGUGGCGAUAUUAGGAAGUGUAAUAAGUUGUAUCGCUUUCGUCCUCUCGUAUUUCAGUACAUCUAUCGAAUUCCUUUACAUUUCUUACGGCGCAAUCGGUGGUAUCGGUGCGGGAUUGAUAUACGUGCCAGCCGUAAUAACUACCGGAUUUUAUUUCGAGAGAUGGCGAGCUUUAGCUACAGGUAUCGCGGUAUGUGGCUCUGGAAUUGGUGCAUUUUUGCUUGCACCGAUCUCAGAUAUACUCGUAAAAAAUUUCGGCUGGAGGGGAGCUCUGCUAUUUCAAGCAGGCAUGCUAUUAAAUUGCGCCAUAUUCGGCGCAUUGUUCCGUCCUUUAAAACCAACGAGAAUUAAGGUGAAGAACACCUCAGAAAACGCCGCGCUCGAGGUAAAAACUGCGUUGAUAGGAAAGGGUGUGUCAACGACCUCAUUACAUUGUGUGCAACCGAAUAGAAGUGGUUUCUUUGGCACGAAUAAUAACACGGAAUAUCCGACGGCAGCAGAAGUUUUCAGAAGUAACCCUAAUAUAGUAAACUCUAAGUCCUUGCAUUCGUUGCACAAAGUGCACGUGGAGACACAGUUGGAGAGGAAGGUGAGCAGUUCGGAGAAACAGCUAUCCUCGCCGAUAUAUCCUGACUUGGACGUUGUAAAUAACGAAGAAAAGAUAGCCGAAGAGAACAAUCUGCUCAGCGGCGACUUGGAACGGUUAAACGGACAAGUACCAACGAUUCGCCGACAUACGAUACAUAGCGCCAGACGCCUUCGAACAGAUUCUGAAUGCAGUCAAAAGUCUCUUAAAAUGGGCAAACGAAAUCCUAAAGAUCCGCAGAGACCGUUUUAUAGAGAUGAUAUUUUUUAUGGCGGCUCUUUGAACAGACUUUCUCAUUACAGAUCGCAGCAAUCAUCGGUUGGUUAUCACAUGUCAGUGACGCGGCUGCCAACAGCAACGGAUGUAGCGGAGGAGAAGAGUGGAAGUUGCUACCUGUGUCCGGAAAGUGUGAGACGAAUUCUGACCACAAUGCUCGAUUUAAGUCUUCUAAAAAGUCCUUCCUUUCUAAUACUAGCGAUUUCUGGCGGCCUCACCAUGAUGGGCUUUUAUACACCUUUUAUGUACCUGCCAGAUCGAGCUAUAAAGGGUAACAUGGAUACUUCUACGGCCAUGUUCCUCGUUUCGGUGAUUGGUAUCGGUAAUACCAUCGGUCGUAUCGUUUGUGGUCUAGCAAGCAGUUUCCCUGGAGUUAAUGCUUUGAUCGUGAAUAAUAUGUUUAUCAGCGUUGGCGGUUUAGUCACAAUAUUCUCCGGCAUUUCUCUGACGGAGGGAUAUCAGUUUUUUUAUGCAGCCAGCUUUGGUCUUAGUAUAUCUGUCUUUGCUUCUUUGAGAUCGAUUCUAGUUGUGGAUCUGCUCGGUUUAGAAAAACUGACAAACGCUUUUGGACUGCUUCUUCUGUUUCAAGGCGUGGCAGCGACUGUAGGCGCACCUCUCGCAGGUGCACUCAUGGAUGCGACUGGAAGUUACGACGCCUCGUUUUAUCUAUCUGGCAGCUUGAUUCUCGUAUCAGCUGUGAUUUGUUACCCGUUAAAAAGAAUUAACAUGUGGGAAAAGCGUAACGAAGAGAAUCCAAUGACGGACCCUUCCGCAUCCUGAUCGAAGACGCAAAACUAUACUACAUUCAACAUAUUCCACGCGCGUGCUUAAAUGCGCUUGAUGCAUAAUUUAUAGCAUAGCAUGCAUUUGAAUCGAGAAUAUAAUUAUGCCGUACGCGCUCACGCCAUCGAAUAGAUCGAAUAAAAAACGAUCGAUCUCGUGCGCGCGAUUGAUUGCAUUUGCUCGCGCUUAAAAACAGCUUCUUGGAGCAGAAUCCGAGCAUGUAUCUGGAAAAUCUGUUUAUAUUAUAAAAAGAGAAUGGAAAGGAAAGUGCCUUUGACAUGCUUGAAUCCACUUUGAUUCGCGCGUUAAAGCUUUGAUCGUUUCCUUUGAUUUCUUAAUAGGACUUCAUGAAGCAAUGUAACAAUUUUAUCUCAAUAAUUAUAAUAUAAUAAUUUUAUCAAUAAAUUUAUCAUAUCAAUUGUAAAUUUCUAAUAAGCGAUCU